UCGAGGCUUUGAACGACAGUUCGUACAAGAAAGAUGUCAUGUCUCUUGUCAAAAGCAUGAAAAACAUGCCUUUUAAAGAAACAAUCAAUGGAGCGACGAUGAAUGGACCAAUGAUCCAAGAACUAGCGAAAAAACUCGUGGAAGCAUUGAACAAGAAUUCCUGGGUCCUUUUCUCGGAUACCUACACCAUGAUGGAAAAGACUUUGUGUGAUUCGGCAUUUGAUAGUUUGAUUACGCCCUUACAACGAAUUGAUUAUCGUUCAAUUAUUGCUAAAAGGCGCGAUGUUCUGAAGGGAUUUUCGGAGCAAUGUGUACUUGAGGCUGAGAGAGAAAGAGCAGGAGAAUGGAUUGAUGAUGUGAUUGAUGGCAAGCAAAAGGCAGAAGAGAAAGAAAGACAGGCGGAAGAGCAACGUAGACAGAAAGAAGAAGAGGAGAGAAGACAGCGAGAAAUAGAAGCCGAACGAAGAAGGGAGGAAGAGAGGCAGAGACAGAGGAUGGAACAAGAAAGACGAAAUAGAGAAGCAGCAGAAAGAAAAAGAAGAGAGGAAGAAGAAAGGGCGCGAAGAGCAGAAGAAUCUCGCCGACAAGCACAAAGGAAUUUAGAAGAAAUAGAAAGAGCAAAAAGAAAAGCUAAAAAGAAGAAAAACAAUGUUGUAAAGGUUCUUGGAGUAAUAGCUGGAGUCGCUGCUAUCUUCAGUGACGAACGCCUUAAGCAAAACAUCACUACCAUCCCUGACUCUGAGUAUGAGAAGAUUGGCCUUCGUGGUGUCACGUGGGUAUGGAAUGAAAAAACUCAAACACUGGGCAUGCGCGGUGAAGAACAAGGAGUGAUUGCGCAAGAAGUCGAGAAAGUCUAUCCACAGGCAGUGAUAAUGGGGAGUGAUGGAUACAAGCGAGUGUACUACUCAUUUUUGGACAAUCUUUUGGUGGACAAAAAACAGCCGAAGGUUAAAGGAAAAUGCAGACUGUAAAAUUAGUGGAAAAGUAUGACUUAAGAAUAUUUGUGUUUAGUGAUAGAUCAGUUUUAGUAUUACUGUGAAAUGUGUAUGAUGUAUGAUGGCAAAUAAAGAAAUAUAUAUAGCA